ACUAAGAGGCAAAUCUGUCUCUAUGCCUUUCUACCCUCACGACUGCUCUUACCCUUUAUCCGCUGUCACUUUUCCAGGACUCGGAUGCAAAGCUGAGUCACGGAUCGUACUGCAGUCAGCCAGGUUCAUCUGGGAAGUCACAGGUUGGGCUUUGACUCCUGGUGUGACAGUCUUCAAAUCAGUCAUCAAAAGACAGAGGAAAUAAAUUUUUAAACGUGGCUUUGAUUCAUUGGCAAGUCCCACACCGGCGAAUCAGAAGGAGAGACAGCCCUCACCCCCCUCCCCAGUCGUGAGCUUGAACCAGCAUGGCAGAUGACCGACAGCCAGAAGACAGUGCCUCUCAGUGGGACCCCUCAGGGGGCCAGGAGCCCACUGGUACCCAUGGGGCCAACGGUUUCUCAUCUCCGUCGUACAGAACAUGCCAGACUAGUGGGACUCACGCGACCUCUGCCCCCUUCUCUUCAAGGGAGAACGGGUUCAAUGGGGAGUUAACCGGUGCUCAUGCUAUAACUGCAGAGCAAGUGUCUGCAAGGAUCGUGCAGGAAGUGACUGCCGAGGCAGUGGCGGUGCUAAAGGGGGAGCAGGAGAGUCAAAGGCUGCCAUCAGUUGAAGACACCACCAAUUUACCUCCGUCGCCGCCUCCUUCACCUGCUGCAGAACAAUUUGGUCCUCUUGAGCAAGAUGUAGGGGAUGAGGAGGAGGCAGGCCCUCUCCGCCGCUUCCAAAAUUCUCGGGAGAGGUGCAAGUUCCUCGCCCCCUCCAUCUCAGUUUCUGUGCCUGAGGACGACCCCUACCACUCCGACGAGGAGUACUAUGAGCACCCCUUGUUCAGCCCAGAGUGGACGCACUCGGGCGCCCGCCCCAUGGGGCAGGCUGUGGCCUUUAGACAGAUUGAAGAAGAGACCAUGGAGGCUCUUACAGCUGAAUACGAGGAGGAGGUUGAAGAGGAGGAUGAGGAUGAGGAGGAAGAGGAAAGUGCAGAGGCAGCUCUUGAUGAGCAGCAAUGGAGCGGGGAAGAGCCUGACCUGGACAUCCCCGAAGCUGAACUUGUAGAGCAGGCAGAGGCCGUAGACAAAGCCCAGGAUCUAGAACUGGGACUGACAGAGGCAGCUAGUGCUCCUACAGAAAGCUCUAUGGACAGAGAGGAGGAGGAGGAUGAGGAUGAGGAGGAAGCAGAGGGUGAGGAGAGCCCUGAGUCAGCUGUGAAGAUGGACUCGGAAAAACCCGGAAGUGAGAAAAGUGGUUCCAUGAGCCCAGACAGCAUCGGAUCAGAGAAACGUCCAGAGGAGGUUUUUGAGCAUCAGACUCAGGGGUUCUUUGCUGGAGAACGAAUCGUACCAGAGAGUCCCACCAUGGAUAUGCUGUCGUUUGUACCUCCAGAUGUUCAAACUCAAGCCAAAGAAUUUGCAAAGUCAAUCACCCUUCAGCCCAUUUAUGGUGAGCCCCUCACAGUGUCAGAGAAGCAGCCAUCUGUGGAGGUAGUGGAGUUCAGCAGCCUUGGUGCCCCCUCUGAUUUCUCUUCAAUGGGAGUCAAAGUUGAAGGAGGAAACUUGACAAGUGAUGCAAUGUCAGCUUAUUUUGAAACAUCAGCCACUGAUGCUUAUGUGUCCCCCCAGGAUAAGGGUGAGGGUUAUUAUGAACUGAGCAGAGUCGGUGAAGAGAAGAAUACUGUUGAUUCCAAGCCUCAGAAGAUUGGGUCACCAGUGCUGGAGAGUCGUGAAACACAAAACACUGUGACUCAAGAUUUCUCAGUUCCUGACAGAGGGAAUGAAUGCAAGCUAUCCCCUGGUAAACUGGCCUUGGAGCAAAGGAGCUACUCCCUAAACAUUACUAUUGGAACAAUGGAUCAAAUUGGCCAAGACAGAAUGAGGAACUUUUCACCAUUGGCCACUGAUAUCAUGACGUACACCAGUGGCAGUCUCGAUGAGUCAGCAGAUUACCUCCCAAUUACUACUCCCUCUGGAGAAAAGCCACCUCCCUUCCCUCCGCUAAUUCUGGAGACUGCAGCUUCAAUCACUUCUGAUUCCUCAUCUCCACCAAGGAUGGCUGAAGCCAUUUCAAAUCCCAGCUCUGGACCAGAGUCACCUGAGUCCCCUGAGUCACCCCAGCCAUCUGAGAGCAGUCCUAAGAAUAACACAGUCAUGGCCCAAGACUUGCCUGAGAUGCUAGAUCUUGCUGGGUCCCGUUCUAGGCUGUCAUCUGAAAACACUGACACAGAAAUCGUACGGAGAAAAUCGUUUCAAGCCUUCCCUGAUGACUUGCUGGCUGGCUUUGUCUCAGGUGAACAAAGUCCUGGAAUUAAAAAAAGUGACAGUCAGCUGGAAGAGAUGGGCUAUUGUGUGUUCAGUGAAUACUCAGGACCUAUGCCGUCCCCUGCUGAUGUGAUUAGCCCAACAAACACUUCUGCACAGGUCUUCACCCCUGCUGUUCUUGAGGAGAAAGUUGCUGCGCAAGCCAGGAAACUAGCAGUUAGAGACACAUCUGUGGAAGACAAUAGCCAGGCUUUAGACUUGACUGUCAGUGAAGAAAAAGAGAAGAGUGAAAGAGAGAGAAAAGAUUCCUCCGAAGAAGGUCAAAAGAAUAUAAUUGACCAGCUAAAUACAUCAGUAAGUGAGCAGGUAAAAUCGUCUGCCCUCCCAGGGGAAUCGUUUGUGACACCCACUGUCACAGUGACUUUAGAAGAAGGUGGGAGGUCAGGAAGCGAGACAGAACGACAAGCCAGUGGCGAAGGCUAUGCUUCUGAAACUGAGAUCGCUGACUAUGAGAGGCAGAUCCGCAAACUGGAGAUGGAGGGCAGGCCUCUCAGUUUGGAGGAAGAACGAGAGUUACAGGAGCUUCGGGAGAAGGUGAAGCUGGUGCACCAGGAGGCCUAUGAGGAAGUGGAUGCUGAAGAUGUGUACCAGUUGACCGGGGUGGCCAAAGACCGCAUUGCCAGGCCUGUCAAGUCGUCACCAACUUCCUCAGUGGAAAGUAAUAUUGAUGAUGAUAAACUACUUUCGCCAGUGCUCUCACCAUCCAAGCUUAAACAAAAAGAACUUUAUGGUUCCCCUAAAAGAGCAGCAUCACCAGUGAUAGCAGUAACCAAAGAGGGCACAGAGGAAUCUGAUAGAAAAGCUAGAGAGCAGAAUGAAAAAGAAGCAACUGAGGGAGAAAUAAAGGCUGAGAAAGAGGAGACAGAGAAGAAAAUUAAAGAAGAGACAGACAAGAAACUGAAUGAAAUAAAAGAAAGAGAAGAGGAGGAAAGGAGGGAACAAGAUACAGCAGAGAAGAAUCAAAGGGAAGAAACUGAGAAAAUGCAAAUGAUACACAAAGAAGAGCAAGAAGAGGAAAGGGAGACUAAAGAAAAGGAAGAGAAGAUUGAGAAAGAAAGGAAAGAAAAGGAAGAGGCGGAUAGAUUAGAGAAAGAGAGGAAAGAAAAAGGGGAGAGGGAAAUGAAAGAAAAGGAAGAGGCGGAUAGAUUAGAGAAAGAGAGGAAAGAAAAAGGGGAGAGGGAAAUGAAAGAAAAGGAAGAGGCAGAUAGGAAAGAAAACGUGGACAGGGAAAUGAGAGAAAAGGAAGAGGCAGAUAGAUUGGAGAAAGAAAGCAAAGAAAAAGAGAGGAAAAUCAGAGAAGAGGCAGAGAAGGAAGAAAGGGAGACUAAAGAAAAGGAAGAGAGGAUUGAAAAUGAAAGGGAAAAAAAGGAGGAGAGAGAAAAGGAAGAGGCAGAUAGAUUAGAGAAAGAAAGGACAGAAAAAGAGGAGAAGGAAAUCAAAGAAAGGGAAGAGGCAGAGAAAAUUGAGAAGGAAAGGAAAGGAAAACAGGAGAGGGAAAAGAGAGAGAGGGAAGAAGCAGAGAGGGUUGAGGAAGAAAGGAAAGAAAAAGAAGGGCUGGUGAUGAGCGGGAACGAAGAGGCAGAGAGCAUUGAAAAUGGGAGGAAAGAGAAAGAAAGUGGGGAAAUAGAAGAAAGGGAAGAGAAAGAAAAGGAGAAAGAGGAAAGUGAUAUGAAAAAAAAGGAAGAUUUAGAGGCAAGGGAGAUUAAAGAAAGGGUCGAGCAAGAAGAGUUAGCGGUAGCAAGGAAAGAGGAAAAAGAAAGAAAUGAAAACGAGUUAAGGGAAAAGGAAAAUAAGCUUCAACAGGAGAUACAAAAUGUUGAAGAGACAAAGAUAAUGGCUGAAUUGGACAAAAUCAAACCAGCUGAAAAAGAAAAAGAGGAAGAGGAGUUGGCUGCUGGAGCAGCUGCAGUCAAGGAGGUCACUGAGACUCGUGCCGCCAUUGAAUCAGUGGUGACGGUGGAAGACGACUUCAUCACUGUCGUCCAGACCAUCGAUGAAGCGGAUGAACCGGGACACAGUGUUCGUUUCUCUGCUCCACCUGAAGCCUUGUGUAUACCUAGUGGGGAAGAGCAAGAGGAUUACGAGGAUGAGGAGCAGAAUGAUGAUGAUGGUGAUGAUGAGGAGGAGUCUGUGGAGUUGGCCCAGGAGGCAGACAUUGAGGCUGCCAGUUUUGAAGAGGUUUGUGACAUUCCUGAUACCCCUGCGUCUCCUGAGAGGGAAGCUCAAACAGUCGAAACAGAAGGUCUAACAGAAAGUUAUGACAGAGAUGAAACCACCAUGGACGACUCCAUCCUGGACAGCUCUUGGGUGGACACACAAGAUGAUGACAAGAGCAUGGCUACAGAGCAGAUACAGCCCUUUCCUAAGGUGUGUAGUCCUGUCAGAAAGUCCCCUGUGGUCCAGAAUAAGCAGACACAGCAGAAGAGAACACAGAAGCAUGAAAAGCCAGUCAAGCCGAAAACUAAGGGUGGGCGGACUAAAGGCAGACUCUCCACUCCUGAACGCAAACCACAGCACAAGGACCCUGUUUACGUCCCUCGAGAGAAGAAAAAAGCUGUGAUAAAGAAGACUGACUUUACCAAAAAAAUGGAAGCUCAAACUCUGUCCCCGUCCAAGAGGAUUGGACCGAAACAAGGUGUCCGCCAGACCCGCCCCACCCAGCAUCAUUCCUGUCCUAGAAGGAGACCCACAGAGCAACCUUCUGACAGUCGUCAGCCGCUCACAGUUGCACGGCGGUCUUGCGACAGGGCGUUGUGCCAUGCUCAGCAUAUUUCCCUAACAAAGACACACACCUUCAUGUCCGCAAUGGUUACCUCAUUAAAUGGACCUCAUCCAUCCUCAGGAUCAGUAAUUUCAACUCUCAUAGCCAAGGAUGGUAGAUCACAAAGUCCUGACAAGAGAACUUCUGUGCCGCGGCAAGCCUCCUCUCUUAGUCGCCGCGGAUACCAUGAGGACAGUUCAACCUCCAUCACCAGCUCUGGUUCAACAGCACCCCGCAGACCCACAGCUUGCCGUGCUGUGAUGAGGGCAGAGCAAAGGACAGGUCGAGCUCCCAGUAUGACAGAUUUCUCCCUAACAGUCUCAGAGCCGCUGCGCUCUCGCUCAGCCCGCAGUGGCCACUCCACACCACGGACCCCCGGCUCUAGCGCCAUGACCCCUGGCACCCCUCCCAGCUGCUCAUCAUCCUCAAGGACUCCUGGAACCCCUCGUUCCCUCAGCGUGAUGUCCCAGGAGAGGAAGGUGGCUGUGGCCCGGACCCCGCCCAAGUCCCCCGCCACCACUCCCAAGCAGCUCCGAGUCCUCAACCAACCUUUACCUGACUUCAAGAAGGUCCGGUCCAAAGUUGGCUCCAUAGACAAUAUCAAGUAUCAGCCCAAAAGUGGACAGGUUCUCAUCCCCAGUGUUAAGCUGGACUAUAGCCAUGUUCAGUCUAGGUGUGGGUCCUUGGACAGGAGGGGCUACUCAGCAGGAGGUGGCAAUAUACAGAUACAGAACAAGAAGAUUAAUCUGAGUCAUGUGACCUCAAAGUGCGGCUCUCUAGACAACAUUCACCAUCGCCCUGGUGGUGGUAAUAUUCGUAUUGAGAGUGUGAAGUUGGACUUUAAAGACAAAGCCCAAGCCAAGGUGGGAUCCUUGGAUAAUGCUCACCACACUCCAGGAGGAGGUCGCGUUACAAUUGAGAGCCACCGGUUGACGUUCCGCGACCACGCCAAAGCCCGAGUCGACCACGGAGCGGAGAUCAUCGUUCGGUCGCCGGGCCGGUCCCGUUCCAUGUCGCCCCACCGCCACCGGGACAGCCACGUUUCGUCGUCCGGCAGUCUCAACAUGUUGGAGUCGCCACAGCUAGCGACCUUGGCUGAGGACAUCACUGCCGCGCUGGCCAAGCAGGGUUUGUGAACAUGCAUCGUGGAUGCUCUUACACUGAAGCUGUCAGCCAUUCACCACCCACCCACCGCCUUGAGGCCCACUUAGGGUGAUCACAACUUGGCUUCACAUCUCAAAGACCCACCAGAAGGGACUCCUAAACUUUAUGUCUGUUUUCAUCUCUGACAUGUUCUAUUGCUACCUAAUUUCCUCGGCCUCUCCUUUUGGAUGAUGUUGCAUAGAAUAGUUCACCUGUAGUGCUAAACAGGAUAACCUGUACAUACAAAUGGCGGGUGGGGCGGGGUGGGGGGAGCCACAUAUUGGCUUUAUUGAUCUUGGGUCUAUAGUUUAAAGAAGCUAUAGCUUUUAUUUACUUGUGGCCAUAUUCUGUACGUGGAAGUAAUGUGGCCAGCACAUCUUGCUGCACGUGUUGUUCCUGCUAACGUGCAUGGAUGGCAGACCCCUUAAUAAGCCGAGCCUCCCUACUGCUAGUCAUUCUUUUCCUCCUAAUAUAUAUAUAUAUAUAUAUAUAUAUAUAUAUAUAUAUAUAUAUAUAUAUAUAUAUAUAUAUAUAUCCAAACAAAUAGCUAUAUAUAUAUAGAAACGAGUAUAAGAAUACAGGUUAUUAACCAUCCACAUGUCCUUUGAAGCAGUUCCAAGGAAGCAACAACAUGACCAUAAAUAAGAUAAACCUGUAUUAUUGCGAAAACUAAGUCAUGUAUGACAAGCAUGUAUCGAUUCUCAAACUAAAAGAGGCUAUUUUGUAAUUUGAAAAGGGAUUUUAGUCAGUCAUUUUCUCAUUCAUUGGCAAAGAAAUGAACAAAUUCAUGUUUUGUAGUUCUUAGUUAUUUACGGUGUAUUUAUUGGUGUCAGACAGCGCUGAUGUUGUGUUGCUGAGCAAUGCAAGGACUGACGCAAAUGCAGAUGUUGGACCGUCUUAUACUGCAGAUGGAGCGCCAAUGGUGACAUGAGAUUUAUGGAUUCCGUUUGUGUGUGCGUUUGGUGCAGAUCUCAAGAUGUUUUACGAUCAGUGUAUCUGACUAUUUUGUUGCAGUAUAUGCAAAACAUUUGAAAAAAAUAGAAAGAUGAAUCAUUAGGGAAAGCAAAUGGCGAUUUAUCCAUUGAAAUAAGACGUUGGAGUGAUCUUGUUUGUUUUUCAGAGAACGUGUGGUUUAUCCUGACUCUUACCUGUUUGUUUGCUUCCGUGUUCUUCAGCAUUGCCCAUCUGUAUGUCCCUUCUCACCCCACCCUGCAGCAACUGUAAAUGUAUUUAAACGGUCAAGUAGAUGUAUGCAGUUUAUUAUUAUUUUUUUCCUGCUCUUGCUGGUAUGACUCCAUCGA